GUCCGCCAGCGCGGAACCAAGUUCCAUGCCGGAAAGAAUGUGGGGCUUGGCAAGGACCAUACAAUUUUCUCAUUGAUUGAUGGGCUUGUAAAAUUUGAAAAGUAUGGACCUGACAAGAAGAAGGUGAGUGUGUACCCAAGAGAAGUGCAGCCUGAGAAUCCCAACAGCUAUAGAGCAAGGAAGAGGGAGUAUUUCAGGCUGCAAAGAGAGCGCAAGAAAGCAAGGAAGGAAGGCGUUGUUGCUCAAGCUCAACUAAUAUUAGCUUCCACUGAUGCACAAGAAACCAAUCCAAUUUGCUGAUCUCCAGAGGCUGCUCUUCAUUCUCUGCUUGUUGAAAAGCUCUGAUGAUCUGUUGCAGUAAGAAGGUCUGCUUCACUAGCUUCUGUUUUCUUUAGUUUGUGCACAUAUAAUUUGCUGGAUUCUUCACAGGAACAUGUUUCAUAAUUAUUCUCAACUACCAAUAUUCCCUUGUUCUACUUCUUGCCCUUGAGAUUUUCUGUCAAAUUCAUAGCCAAUUUUGGAAAUAUCUCAGAUGACAACUUUCGCUGCUU